AAUAAGCAAACUAACCCUUUUGCAACAAAUUGCCAAAGCUCUGUCGCUAAAAGAAGUUUUUAACCUCGGAAAAGAAGAACACGAGAAAGAAAAGAAAAAAAGAAGAGGGCAAUGGAUUCUGGUCUGUCCUGGGCUGAUCAAUGGGACAACAACCCCGACCCGCCGCCAUCGGGAUCAUCCGACAAGGAUAAGAAGAAGGGCAAGGAUGGAUCGAAGAGCAGCUUCGGGAAGGCGAUUUUGAGCUUCAAGUGGGUGGAGAAGCUCAAGAAGAAAACUCAGAAAGAAGAUGGGCAAUAAAACACUACACUGUUGAACAAUGUAGCUUCUUCCAGCAUUAUAUAUUGUCACUAACCAGUUAAUCCCAUUUGUCUUCAUAUUUUCUGUUGAAAAAAAUGG